UAAACACAGAGCUGAAGGAUCCAGGCACCCAUCCUUUCUUUGGCCCGCAGACCUCAUACGAACGGACUACACAGCGAGCCAACCAUGCUGCGGCAGCUUGCUGGAUUUUUAAUAUGUGUGACCUCCUUUUUAAGUACCUCAUCUCUGGGUGCGAACGCUGGACCUCGACUGGAUAAUGACAAACUCUACAGAUACAGCUACAGUGCUGAGGUCGGGCUGAACAGGCCGACGGGAUCCACUAGAGGGAAUGCUGGAUUCAGGAUUAAAAGUGAUGUGGACAUCAACCUCAUCUGGAGGAACCCAGAGAACCAGGAUGAACAGCUACUUCAAGUGCAGAUUUCAAAUGUUCAAAUUGAGAAUGCUGCAAAGCGCUCCCGCAAAAACAACAUCUUCCAUGGCAGCUCAACAGAAAGCAUUAUGGGGAAAGACAGGCUUGAUGCACUGCAUAGGCCUUUUAUAUUGCUUUGGAAAAUGGGCAAGCUGAGAAGCAUGUAUGCCUAUAAAGGGGAGCCUGCCACAAUCAAAAACUUGAAGAGAGGCGUGGCCAGUAUGCUAAUGAUUCAGCUAAAGUCUGGGAAAAUGAUGGAGGCUGAUACUUCAGGGAAAUGUUUAGUUGAGUACAAGGCCUCUAAAGAUCAGGUGAUUCGCACAAAACACUUGGAGACCUGCAAAACACAGGAGACGGGAUUCACUACCCACAGCCCAGUGUUGGGUGUUAGUGGAAAGUGUGCUUCAGUUACAGUCAUCACUCUUGAGGAUGGCAUCAUUAAGUCUGCUGAUGUGGAGGAAUCACACAUUUUGUCUGUCAAUGCUCAGCAUACGACCGCAACAAAAGUCCUGUCCAGGCAAUCACUGACACUUAAAAAGACUGAGGUUGGCCCAAGAGAAGAGGCUGGUAAGGAUGCUGCAAGCGUGGUAAAAUCUCUGGAUGACAAACUCAUCUCGGUCGGAGUCAUAGGGGAGAAAGUAAAAGCCAAAUGCAAGGGAUGCCCAAACCUGAUGGACACAUGGAAGGCUGUGAGGUCUCAGCUUGAGCCGGACUCACUCUCUAAAGCGACAGCCCCAAGGAGCUUCCUCUCACUCCUACACAGCCUGCGCAAAGCCAGCAAUGCAGAGAUCCUGACUGUACUGCACAACUGCAGUAAGACUGCACUGCCUCAGUUGGUGGAUGCAGUGACAUCAGCUCAGACUCCAGCAUCUCUCUCAGCCAUUCUGGAGUUCUUGGACUUCAGUAAGAAAGAAGGUUUAGUCCUGCAAGAGCGCUUCCUGUACGCAUGUGGCUUUGCCUCCCACCCUACAGAAACCAUGUUGCAGUCCCUGCUGGAUAUCUCUCAAGGGAAGAUUGGCAGUACAGACAUUAAGGAGUCAGUUGUGAUCAUCAUGGGGGCUCUGAUCAGGAAACUUUGUCUUAAAGGAGGAUGUGAACUACCAACGGUGCUGAAAGUGAAGGAGCUGUUGUUGGCAGGGCCUGACAGCACACAGGUGGAGUCAGAGGUUCAGAUGUACUUGUUAGCACUGAAGAAUGCUCUCCUGCCAGAAGCCAUUCCUCUAAUAACCAAAUAUGCAGAGUCGGAGGUGGGAGGGUUUAGCACCAUCGCCAUCACAGCUCUGCAGAGAUAUGACCCUAACCUUAUCACAGCAGAGGUGAAAAAGACAUUAAACCGGAUUUACCAUCAGAACCAACGCAUAUACGAGAAGAACGUUCGCGCCGCAGCUGCUGAUGUGAUUAUGAGCAAUAAUCCAUCCUAUAUGGAAGUAAAGAACCUUCUGCUGUCCAUCGGACACCUGCCACAUGAGAUGAAUAAGUACAUGCUGUCUAAAAUUCAGGACAUACUGCGCUUUGAGAUGCCAUCCUGUCAAAUGGUACAGCAAGUUAUGAAGGACAUGGUUUCCCACAACUAUGACAGAUUCUCAAAGUCUGGCUCUUCCUCUGCUUAUUCAGGCUUCAUGGCACAAACUGUUGAUGUCACUUCCACCUACAAUUUGGACAUCUUGUACUCUGGCUCUGGCGCACUGAGGAGAAGCAACAUGAACAUUUAUGCUCAGAACAAAGAUACUCUCCUUCAUGGCCUCCAGGUGACAAUUGAAGCCCAGGGUCUGGAGUCUCUGAUUGCAGCCACUGCGGAUGAGGGGGAAGAAGAUCUCGAGUCCUUCGCUGGAAUGUCUGCUCUGCUGUUUGACGUGCAGCUCCACCCAGUGACCUUCUUCAAAGGCUACAGUGACCUCAUGUCCAAGAUGUUCUCCAUGUCUGGUGACCCAAUAAGUGUGGUGAAGGGCCUUAUUCUGCUCUCAGAUCACUCACAGGUUAUUCCACUGCAGUCUGGUCUAAGAGCCAGAGCUGAGUUCCAAGGUGGCCUUGCCAUCGAUAUCUCUGGAGGAAUGGAGUUCAGCUUGUGGUACAGAGAGUCUAAGACCAGCGUCAACAACAGGGGAGCACUGGUUGUCAUCGGUAAUGUGACUGUGGAUAUGGACUUUGUAAGCGCUGGGGUGGAGGUGAGUUUUGAGACAGAAGCCGCCCUGGACUUCAUCACCACUGUGCAGUUUUCUGAGUACCCCUUCCUCGUCUGCAUGCAGAUGGACAAAACUACUUUCCCCUUCAGAGAGACGGUGUCCAAGCAGGAGAAGUUGCCCUCUGGACAGAAUUUCUCCUCAAGAAGGAGCAGAGAGCAGCUGGUGCCAGGCUCAGAAUUCCCUCUACACCAGGAGAACUCUAACAUGUGCAAAAAAGUCUUUGAACAAGACUGGUAGACCUGCUGCACCUGCACCGGACGCUUUAACAAAUGUAAAAGGUCUUUACACAAACAACCGAUUAACAUUUGUGCAUUUGCAUGAGUGUGUAUGUUUUGGGUUGGGCAUAUGUGCUAAAACAAUAAAAAAGAGUCAAUCUGGCAUGUUGAGGGCAUAUACAUAUCUAUAUGAAUU